UUUGUCCACAGCAAAACCUACAAAUGCACAGAAGACACGACCUCCAGAGACUCAGACUCACUCAUACAUGAAUAUGUCGAAUCGACGCAGUCCAUGUACUGCUGGAAUCAUCCCAAAGUGAGGGAGAACUGGAAGACGGUGUGCGCUGCCGUGGUGCUGCUGAUUGUUGGCGUGGGACUCCUCGGUAUGGGGGCUUUUGCGGCCGAGCCAGAGAAUGGACUCCAAGGGGCUGUAUUCUUCGUAGCCGGCAUGAUAUGCUUCGUACCUGGCGCGUAUCACGUCGUGUACAUCUGGCUGGCCGCCAGGGGACAACGAGGCUACGACUUCUAUCACCUGCCGUUAUUCACUUGAUUCAUUUUGAGUGCUCUUUUGUGUAAAAUGGAUUCGAAGUGUGCGUAAACGAGUGGUUGUGUCGAUAAGUUUAUUUGCUCUCUAUACGCGAAAAUUUUAUGUGACGCGAUGGUCUGUGAUGCGAGUGUGCUGGUAGAUGACAACUGUAUUUUUUUCUCACAACUUAAUUAAUAAAACUGGUAAGUCAAAAGUGAUGAUAUUAUACAGAAUGUUGUCUCAUUGUACGUCGUUAAAUUAAUUUCAACAUUAGUUAUCUUUUCAGGGUAUCUAAAAUUUGAUCCAUUAUCGAAAUAUGUUAAAUUCGUUAUGGUAGCUGGCAGCUGCUAUUUUGAUGGCUUUACCAAUCUACUAAGUUGAACGGAUGGUCUCUCCGAAUCCCUUAGUCAUCUUCUUAUUGGACUCGAGAGGUCACAGUUCAAAAGCUAUAAAAUUAUCCGCCUAGAUGCGUCAUUUCUUUUAUUUUUUAAAAUUAAUGGUGCUUCAGUUAACUGUCUAUUACUGGAUGAAAAGAUUAGUAGUAAACACAACUUACUAAGAAUGCACCCAAUUUACUUCAAA